GUACCCGCAUUCAUAUAGGUUAGAGCAAUUAGAGCUUUUACGAUGUACGAUAUGAAGCUUCUCACUGUGCUAGGUGCGCUUUGCGCUUUUCCAUUAGCUAAAGGGAAAAUAAGCUGGGUUCCAGACAAUGGUGGUGCAAAUGUCAGCCUGAAGAAGUUCCUGAAUACCUCAGACGGUGUAGAUAUAUACACUCUCCUCGCAACAUCUGAAACUCGUCAUAAAUUGUGCAAGCUCGAUCAUGUCUGGAACGUGACGAAAGACCAAGUUUUCUUCACAAGGACGUACACCCCUGGACUAGGAGGAGCGGCUCCAGAGAAUCUUAUUGGAACGUUUUUUGAUGAGACUCCACAAAGAGGCCCAACUAUAAUGCUGUUGAGAACAACAGGUGGUGCUGACAGAGGUGUGGAGGAGUUGGUGUACCAAGAUGACAACAACACCUGCGGAAUAUUUUGGACGGCGAUAAGACAAAUAUACGCGGGCCAAUGGUAUGACAGCUGUGAACUACGUGUGAAAUCAUCAAUCGAUUCUGCAUCGGCAAGCCCAGAAUGUAUUCAACAGUUCUUCAAUAUUUGCAGUCCCGAACGCGUCGUGGUGCAAACUGUAUGGCCACAGUUAUGUGUUUUUAUGGUUUCAAAUUCAACCAUCCUCAAGACAGCAGUUGAAAGUCAAUAUCUUAAGCCGUUUCCCAAUGUUACUCAGUAGAACGAAGGAUAUCUUACAGCACAUGCAGCUCUUCAGAAAAAAAGGUUAUGUGGGGCGAA